AUGUAUUUAUUAUUAUUAAUUGAUAAACAAUUAAAUUUAACAUUUAAAAUAUGCUUACUUGAUUUAUUAGCAUUUUUUGCAUCAACUGAUACAGAUGAAAAUUUAAAUGAAGAUAAACGUCAAAAAUGGUCAAAUGAUCUUUGUCGUACACAAGAAUAUCAUGAAUAUCAAGCAGCUAUAAGAAAAAUUCUUUCAGCAUUUGAAUUAUCAUCAUCAUUUAUAUUAUUUGAAUUAUUAAUAUGGAUGUUAUGUUGUGAACAACAUCAUAUAUUUGAAGAAGAAAUUUUAUUCUCAAUAAGUCGUUAUGUUAUUAAUUUAAAUAAUUAUAUUAAACAAACAAAUUUACUUGAUUAUAUUUAUUCAAUAAUAUAUGUUAUUGAUGAACUUGAUGCUAAACUUGAUUUAACAUCACAAACAUUAAUGUCGAUGUUAAUAAAUAAAGUUUGUACAUAUCGUUUACUUAAUCAUAUGUAUACAAUAUUAAACAAGUAA